AUCUGGAAGAUCACUGCCUGUUUGUUAUCCGCAUAGAAGGGAUGUGUGCAUUGAGCUGACUGUUUUCACCAUACUCGGCACAUUCUUUCUGUAAUAAGCAUGCAAGAAUGUCUGCUUGGGCUCAGUGUGUUUCUAUCUGAAGGACAGAGCAUGUGGGGAUGAUGGGGCUGCCAUGGUUGCUGGCGCUCGAACUUGUGCUGCAUGCAGGAUCGUUCAUGUGUGGAGUGAUAACAGCUGCCUCUGUCACCAUCACACAGGGUCAUUUUACAGGACAGUGCAUCCUCUAUGGCAGUAUCUACUUCAACACAUCUGACCAGUCCUUGACAAUAGAAAGAUCCAGUCCUCCGUCAGUCUGCUAUUUUGUAUCAGCCAUCUCCAUGUGUGUGGCCAUUUAUUGCUUCGCCAUCAUUCUCUACUGGAUCUAUGCAAGCUGUGUGGAUGAUUACGUAAAAAGGAGAAGUAUGUGUCUGAAUGUGUCCCUAGGGGUGUGUGUCCUCCUCCUGCUUUUUCACUUGGUGUCAGGGUGUAUUUUAAGGGUUGGUAGAGAUAGCCUGUGUCUCUCUGUCCUUCACAACAAUUCCUCCAUAAGCAGUUGUAAGGAAGCACAGAAUAUGACAUGGUCAAGCCCCUACAUAGGGAGCGAAUUUUACACAGAACUGCACAGUGCUGAGAAGUCAGUGUGGGUGAGUUUCUUCUUCUGGCUGUUGGUUGUGGCAGUUGUGGUGGUGCAGAGACGCCAGGCUCUUAGUGAGGAGGACCAAUGGAGCUGUGAUGAGACCGAGCCCUUCCUCCACCGCCCGGCUCGAGUCCUGUGAACCCCACCACAAACCCACACCUCAACAUGUGGCGCACAGCAUUAAGGACUGACUAGAUGACCUGUCCAGAAGAAAUCUGGAGAAUUGAGGUGGCUGAAUCCACACUCUCACCCAAAACAUAAGUUAAAGAUUGUCUGAAAAGCUUGUUUGUAUUUUUCCCCACAAGAAAGAAUUUGUAAUUUAAAACUAUAUUAUGAAUUUUUUAUGAACAUUUUGGUAAGCACAAUAUGUGAUCAAUAUAUUUCAGUCAACCGUAAAUUGAGAAAUAUAUAUUUUAUAGCCAUUCCACAUUCAGACUUAAAUGCAUAUUGAAGAAAUGGACUUACUUCCUGCAGAGGACAGAAUGACACUCUGCAGGGGGAAGUAAAUAUAUAUUUAUUUAUUAAAAUGUUGUGCUAAAAGGGUGCUUUGUAAUUAAUAGAAGGAAAUUUAAAAGUCUAACAUUCCUACCAAGGAUCAUAUAGCAUCAUAUUUGAUAUUCAAACCUCCAAAUAAGCAAAUCCUACUUAUAACUAGAUAGAUUACCGUCUUCUUUUCAUGCACAGAAAAGGACAAUAUUCUUGUCAGACAUGUUUUUGUCCUCUAGGUGGUCCCGACUUUUUUUUUUUUUUUUUUUUUUUAAUGUAUGUGUGUGUGUUAGGGUUAGGGUUAGAUUUUACUGCCGCUUUUUUCAAAAAUUUGCAAUGCCAAGUUGUUGUUUUUUUUGUGGAAAACUACUUGAAUUGGUGAAAUUUGAAUUUCACAGUGAUGUUUGUUGGUAAACGAGACCAUUUAGUUGUACUCAUGUUUGAUGCACAGGGAUCGAAGAGGGCUUUGGCCGAAUGCAUGUUGUGAUGACAUCAAAAGACACAUCUUGGCCCAAAUGUGCAGAAAAUCGGUAAUUUAGAAAAAUUUGCAAGAUCCCUGGUAUACUGCGGAGUUUACUUGAUCUUGCAUUAAUUUCAGCAAUCGUAAAAUCCUGGAGG